AUGGCCAGAAUAGCAUUCUCGCAAUUCUUCACCGUCAGAGGCCUGCCACGAUUGAUUCUCAUCGACAAAGGCAGCGAAAACAAAGAUCAAUUUACAGCCCUAUGCGACACGAUUGGAAUCGCAUACCACACGGUCAGUCCGGAAAACCACGACGGAAUACUAUGUGAAAGAUUCCACAAAUACCUCAACAAAGUGCAACGAAUCGGAGCAGCCGACAUGAACACAUACGAAGAAUGGGCAAUGAACACCAUGUUUGGAACAUACGCAUGGAACGCAGCCCCAGUAGACGGCACGGAUAUCCAACGAGCAUUCGCCGCAGUGGCACGACACUUCAAAUUUCCACUAGACAACUCAGCAGCGGCAUUGUCAAUAUCGGAGGCGCGUCAGAAAAACAGGACACAACACCAGCAAACGCCAGGACAGAACACACUAGAGCACAUCGAGACAAUGUUCCCACUCUUCUGGAGACAAAAAGAACUGCUUAAACUUCUCAAUGAGGAACAAAGGGAACACCACCGAAUGCUCAAGAAUCAAACCAGUUCGCGACGGAAAUUUGACAUUGGAGACAUUGUUAUGGUGCGGAAACAAGUACAAUCAAACGCCUCUGCAGGAAUACCAGCAAAACUGGUGCUAAGAACAAAAGGACCCUAUAGAUUCAUCGAGAAAGCGUCAGAAGACUCGUACAGACUACAAAAGAUCCCAGGGACAAGCACCAUGCUAAAGAAGCGAGGGUCAACCCCAAUCAAAGAAUCAGCAUUCAGAAUGCACAAGAUCCCAUCGACGACAAUACUACACAAAUGA